AUGUCUGGUGUGCCUAUGAGUGUGAGUGGUACUAACCAUCCACAGGAUGUACCAAAGGAAGAAGAAGGUAUCUUGAACUAUUUGCUCGAAGUCAGGUCCUUCCUGUCAAAACUGAAGAAGAAUAGAACACAGUACUUAAACUCGAAGGAUGUGCUGAACACUUACCAAGAAGUGCUAACUAGAGUCAGGGAACUGGACGGAAUAAGGAAGAGCAGCACAGAUGUCACUCGCCGUCCCACUUGUGCUACUACAUUGAUUCACGACACCGAUAUGCACAACCGUGUUGACUCUGUUCUGGAUGAUGUGUUCCAGUUAUUGUCCCUGUGCUUCUUAACAGUUGGCCUGAAAAACUCUGCACCAGCUACCUACGCAUCUUUAUCCACUGUCCAAUGUCUGUUGGAGCAUCUUUGCGAGUCAAAUGUCUUCACACACCAUGAUUUAAGACCUAUAAAGGAGAGAUUGGAUGAGAUUUCCAAGAUCGUUGAGAAGAGCGUUGAGUCCCGUCCUGAAGAUGAAGUCGCUGAAUUCAAGGAGAUUGAUACUGAGAGAAACAAGAAUAGAAUCGAGCAGGACUUGCUUUUAAAGGCCAAAUUACAACACUGUAUUGAUGAAUACAACAAGCUAGAGUCCAAGCUGGAAGAAAUUCCACCUGAUUUGUCAGACAUUAUGGAGAGAUUAUUUAAAGUCAGAAGAGGUUUACUUUCACUUGCCGCAUCUUCCAAGAAGAAUAUUCCAGAUGAGAAUUACAAAGAACCUGCCAAGUUGGACGAUUCAAAGCAUGUACUAUCUCAGGAAUACUUGAGUAAUAGCCUUGAGAAAUACAAGAAAGAGGUUGCCAAGAUGGAGGCUAUGAGAGAUGAAAACGGGCAAUUCGUCUCGAAAUCGACAGGCAAAGCUGAACAAAGAGGUCAAAACAUUCUAAAUGGCUUGUUAGAUGAUUGUAAUGAUUUAAUUAAUGACUUAUCGCACCAAACAAAUGGUGGACUGACACUCGAUCCUUAUCUGCAACCAAUUUACGAGAAACUAAUAGACAUAAAGACCACUUUGGAAAAUCUAAUGAUCACUCGGAGAUGGACUUUAAGAGAAACUGAUUUGUUUACUUAUCAGAAACAGCUAACUGAGAUAGAUAACAUGAGGGUACAUGGAAAAUUUCCAACAAAGUCCCCAGAUUCUAAAGGUCAGUCAAUUAUACUGUAUCUAUUGAGAAGAUGCUAUGCCAUAAUAUAUAAACUGCUAGAGAGUUCAGAACCUGUGUCGGAAUCCUUACAGCCAGUUCACAAUCAACUCUCUACUGUCCGUCGUUGCCUCUUAGAAUUAAAAAGAAUGGGAGGCGUCAACAAUGAAAGAGAAUUGUAUCCAUAUCAAAUGAAACUUGCCUCUCUAGAUAACUUGCGUAAGGAUGGUAAGUUUUAUGACUCCGACGGUAACAUACCAGAAGGUCAAGGUAUAUUAAAUGCCCUAUUGGCUGGAUGUUUCGAUAUUCUACAUGAGCUAAAGGUUGAGGCAGAAGAAAGAGAGGAUGAGGAGGAUGAGGAUGAGGAAGAGGAUGAGGAUGAUAAUGUUUCCCAUGACAGAAAUCAUGACGAGGAAUAUUUGUGA